AUGGCUUCUCAGCUGCAUACACAUGCUUUCAAUAUCUCCCCAAUAGAGAAGAGGAGAUUGUGCAUAAAUGGAACACCAUGGAUUUGGCAUCUCCUAGAAGAAUGUGUCGAGAAUGCGUGGGAGUAUUGGAGCGUUGUCAUAGGACUGAUUUCCAUUGUCUGUUUUCUGUUUGCUGCACUACCUCAAAUUUACGUUGCCUGUCAGAAUGGAAAAGUGGAUCAAGCGCUGUCUUUGGGCUUUCUGCUGUGUUGGAUAGCUGGAGAUCUUACAAAUUUCGUAGGCUGCUAUUUAACAAAUCAACUGCCAAUUCAGAUUGUCACUGCCAUUUUUUAUGUUAACAUGGAUAUAAUUAUGAUUUCACAAUUUGUCUACUACAAGCUCAAGAACCAGAAGAUGACAAAAUGCAGCAAAAGCCUGAAGAAUUUCUGUGUAGCCUGGAUCAUGGUGUGUAUAGCACUGUGUAGUAUUUUGCCCUGUCAGCUGUUACUAAGGAGCCAAGACCAGAGUACAGUAAUUGAAAGGAGUAAUAACUCUCUUGAUAUGAUUGAAAUGUCAGGCUUCAUUUGUGGCUAUAUAUCCUGUGUGUUUUACUUGGGAAGUAGAUUUCCUCAGCUGUAUAAAAAUUUCCGAAGAAGAUCAACAGAAGGCACCUCUUACCUGCUGUUUGCAUUAGCCAUGAUGGGAAACUGCACGUAUGGACUGAGCCUUGUUUUAAAGAUGCCAGCUACUCCAUCCUUCCGGGCCCCCUACUUUUUACACCAUCUUCCAUGGCUUAUUGGGAGCUUUGGAGUUCUGUUUCUAGACAUUUUUGUGACUCUGCAAUUCGUCCUGUACCGGCAGCACAAGGAAAAGCAGCCUGCUUUAGUAGCACUGGAAGUGGAACCAUUGCUGGUGAACGAGGAGACUGCCUAG